AUGACAGGAGGUUUUGCUGAAGCAUUUCUUUCGUCUUUCUUGCAAGUGUUUUUUGAUAGGUUGGCUUCAAGGAAUUUCAUUGACUAUAUCCGUAGAGACAAACUUGACAAAUUGGUGGAGGAACUUGAGUCUACACUCAAGUCUAUCGACCAAGUGUUGGAUGAUGCAGAGAUAAAACAAUACCGAAUCCCAAACGUCAAGAAGUGGCUUGGCGAUGUUAAACAUGCUAUGUAUGAGGCUGAUCAACUCUUGGAUGAGAUUGCCACUGGUGCACCACUGAAAAAGAUGAGAGUUGAAUCUCAACCUACUACUAGUAGCAACAACUAUUUAGGCUAUGUUUCAGCAUUUAUUAAUCCAUUUGAAUCUCGAGUCCGAGAAUUGCUAAAGAAUCUAAAACAUCUUGCUGAGCAAAAAGAUGUGCUGGAAUUGAGAAAUGGGCGUUUGGCUCGUAAUGAAGUUGGAGUCAGUUCAAAACCUUUAGAAAGACAGCAAACUUCAUAUUUGGUGGAUGAUUCCCCAAUAUAUGGUAGAGACGAUGGGAAAGAUGAAAUGGUCAAAUUUUUACUUUCAAACAAUGACAGUGGCAACCUGACAUCGACACCUGUAUCUAGCAUAGUGGGUCUGGGUGGGAUGGGCAAGACCACCUUUGCUAAGCUUAUGUACAAUGACCGUAGGAUUGAGGAUCAUUUUAAACUCAAAGCAUGGGUUUAUGUUUGCAAACACUCUUGUUGCAUGGCUGUGAUCAAUUGA